AGAGAGAGAGAGAGAGAGAGAGAGAGAGAGUAAAUGUACAGGAAACUGCUUGGAAGGACUCCCACAAUCCAAAUGUUCCCUACCGACCAAUCAAAGAGUAAUUUUCCAAUAACUCUUCUUUUUAUAACCCGGUCAUCAUUCUCGCUGGUCCGCUUCCACGAAAGUCCCUAAUUCUAAGCCAAGUUCACACUGCAGUCUGCAGGUUGCUGUGCUGCGUUCUAAGCCAAGUGCAAGCCUUUGAUAUCUAUCUAUAUAAACUUGUUCCUAUCAGUCCAUAUUUCCCAUACCAGCGUUGCCUACACCACUAUCUAUUCAUCUUACUAGAGCUAGCUUUAAGUUCCUUGCCAUAGAGCAUUCUUCUUACAGAAAGUAAGAUCUCAUAAAGCUCUGAUAACUCUCUUUCCAGGUUUCCAUUUUCCUUGUACUGUAACUUCCUUUGUAACUUUUCCACAAAAAAGCUUGUUACUAAGUUUCCAAUGGCUUCCACUAGCGCUGAAACACCCUCUUUACCUGGUUCGAACUACGAUGUUUUUCUCAGUUUUCGGGGUGAGGACACCCGCCAUAGCUUUACAGACCAUUUAUACGAGGCAUUUAGAUUGAGAGGCAUUGAAGCCUUUAGAGACAGCGAAAAUCUCCAACUAGGACAAGAGAUUGCUUCUGAGCUCAUACAAGCAAUAGAAAAGUCCUACUAUGCAAUCGUUGUUUUCUCAGAAAAAUAUGCCGAUUCCAAGUGGUGCUUGGAUGAACUUGCUAAAAUUGUUGAAUGCAAAAAAAAUAAGAGACUUGAAGUGGUGCCCGUCUUUUACCACGUAGAUCCCUCCGACGUGCGGAAGCAGACUGGGCCAUUUGAAAAAGCCUUUGACGAACAUCAGAAGAAUGACAAAAUCGACAGAGAGAAGAUCCAGAAAUGGAAGGAUGCUAUGAGAGAAGUGGGGAAUUUAUCCGGCGAGCAUUUACUGCCACAUCAAAGGAAGGGUCACACUUAUAUGGGUUCAUCAAUGAAUAUGGAGAUUUAUCAAGUAUUGACUUUUUUUUUUUUUUUUUUCCUUUUUUGAGAAGAAGACAAAUGAAGUUCAUUAAUCAAACAAGGCUAAAUUGCCUAAAGUACAUGAGUAAUGUCUUGUGGCACAUCUUCCAUCUAGAGCAAGAAAGUAGGACUUACAUGUUGGGUUUAUAGAAACCUCAAAAGGAGGAAUGAGUGUUAUUUAUAUAAAUGUUGUUGGGACGAGCGUCAUCUCAAUAAAUCUCAAGGAAUGUUGGUUUAA